UGUCGUGGUUCAGGUGAGAUUCAGAGCAAAUAUCAGCAGUAACAGUGUGAAGAUCAGUCAGAAUAUGAUGCUGAUUCAACACUCGUCCAUCAUGCAGUGAUAUAGUGUCAGUCAAAUAAACACUCAGCCAAUCAGAUCAGAGGAAGUGAACAAACACAGGAAGAGCUGAUAGUAUUUAAAGAGAGAGUUGUGAGCAUAUAAUGAAGAGGAAGACUGACAGAAAGAGAAAAUGGCUGAUAAGUGUCAUUUGUGUCUGCUGGGACUGAUCAUUCUCUCUUCACUUCUCACAGGUACCAGUGGAGUGGAUGAGACUCAAGUGUUCAUCAGUUUUGGUGAAAAUGUCCAUCUGCCCUGUAAUAAUGAUCUUCAUGACUGCAAAUCAACUACAUGGACCUAUAAUAACAGAUUCAGACAUUCAGCAGCAGUUGAACUGAUUGGUUUAGGGAUAAAGAUGAAAUACAUUGAGAGACUGAGUCUGGGGUCCGACUGCUCUCUGAACAUCAAGAACAUCACAAAAGAAGAUUAUGGACUUUACAUGUGCCGACAAUAUGUGAAUGGACAACACUACCAAGAAGCUGAUACACGUGUUUAUCUGCAUGUUCUUCAUGUCUUUUCAUCAUCCUCACAGACUGAGAUCAGUGCAGGCAGCUCUGUGACUCUCUACUGUCAGUUGUUUUCAUAUGCUGGAGACUCUUGUGAUGACUGGAUCCGUUCUGAUGGAAUUCAGCUGUUCUGGGUGAAUCAGGCUGGUGUUAAACUGACAAUAUCAGACUCCAGAUAUCAGAUAUCAGCUCCAGGACACUGUAUCAUCACUCUGACUACAACACUCCUGAAUGAAGAUGACAACAGAGAGUGGAGAUGUGAAGUUACUCACAUAGAUCAAGUCAUGACAUCAGUCACAUAUACUGUCAAGAGUUCAGCUAAAGCUGAUUCAGUGACAGCAGUGAUUCCAGUCCACAUCACAAAAUCAACUACAACUACAGCAGUAACUUCUACACGAGUCAUUCGAGAGACUGGUGUUGGCCUACUUGAAGGACAUUACUGGACCCUUGCUGGACCCCCCCUGCAGUUUGCUUACCGAGCAAACAGGUCUGUGGAUGAUGCAGUCAAUAUGGGAUUACACUACAUCCUUCAACAUCUGGACAAACCAGGGACCUAUGCAAGGACCUUGUUUGUGGACUUCAGCUCUGCUUUCAACACCAUCAUUCCAGAUAUCCUUCAAAAUAAACUGUCACAGCUUUCUGUACCCACCUCCAUCUGUCAGUGGAUCACCAGCUUCCUGACAGAUAGGCAGCAGCUAGUGAGGCUGGGAAAACUCACAUCCGGCACCCGCACCAUCAGCACUGGAGCUCCACAGGGCUGCAUUCUCUCCCCACUGCUCUUCUCCCUCUACACAAAUUACUGCACCUCUAAAGACCCAUCUGUCAAACUUCUGAAGUUUGCAGGACAGCAGAAAGAAUCAUUGGUGUGCACCGCCCAACCUUCAGGACUUAUACAUCUUCAGAGUCAAGAAACGGGCAGGAAACAUCAUCAAAGACCUUUCUCACCCUGGACACAACCUGUUUGCACUUCUCCCCUCAGGCAGACAGCUUAA